AUGGCUUCUUCCCAGCUUCCGUUGAUCGACAAAGAGAAGUCUUCUCUUGAAGACGAGUCACUCUCCAAGGCCCAUACAAGCUCAAUCGUCAUCAAAGGCAUCCUAAAGCUUCUCUGCUUCGGCCGCAGCAUUUUCGCAGAAUGGGUUGUCUACGUCUUGGUCUACAGCUCAAUAGGCGCCAUCGUCACGUUCUUUGUGUUUCUACCUUUGGACUUGACAUGUGCAUUCAAGGAUGGCGAUUAUGAGCGUGGCUUUUUUAUUCGCUUGAACGUCAUGCUCUUCGUCUUUCCUACCGGCAACUUCGCAUUCGAAGCAUUCCCAAGAAUCCCACUUGGCACAAAGGUUCUUUUGGUGGGGUUAUGGACACUUACGGUCCGUCCCUCACUAGCUCUUGCUGGAUGGAUUGUCAACAAGCGUCUUCCAGCCUACACUCUUCCUGCGGAAAAGUACCCUCCGAUUCGGUGGAGCUUCGAGUACUUGUGUUGCGUCGCCAAUCAGCAUCAUCUCUUCAUCCCAGACCCAGAGUUCUACGUUCGUCAAGCCAUACGUAUCAUCACCAAACGAGUCUCGUCAGAUUCUUACCAACUUGGUAGCAUGUCACUAGACGAGCACGACCAACUACGAACCUUUUCACACAUCUAUUGGACAGUCAUGGACCAGUAUUGGGAAGAAGGCUGGCCAAAAUUGCCCAUUCCCGCCAUUAAAUAUGGGGAAGUAGCGCAUUUGAUAUGUGCAGAAAGGAUUUUAAGCCAGGUAGAUAGAGGCUUGCCUUCAUCAAGAUCAUUAGGGAUGCAGGCAAGAUGGGAGUAUCCAUUUUUCUGGAGAAUGUAUGUUCUUGUUCUGGGCUACUGGAUGUUGAGGGUGCACGGGGAAAUCAGUGCGCUGGUUUGGUCCUAUUGUGAAGACGGUACUUCCUGCGCGGAGGAGUGGUAUGAGAAAUAUGCGGUGCUGACCCCGCCGGUAUAA